AAAUACCGGCCAUUAUUGAUGAUUCCUGUGUUGCUGCGUCAGUGUACGUACGGACGGGUUUGUCAGCCAAGUCUUUCUAGGUCUUUUUUCCUCAAAUUUUACACAGCUAGAACAAUGUCUCAAAGUCAGCCUCGUCAAAACUUUCAUGAGGAAAGUGAAGCAGGGAUUAACCGCCAGAUAAACAUGGAACUCUACGCCUCGUACACUUACCAGUCUAUGGCAAUGUACUUUGAUCGGGAUGAUGUAGCCUUGCCAGGUUUCUCCAAGUUCUUUAGUGAUUCGUCCAGUGAAGAGCGCGAGCAUGCUGAGAAGCUAAUGAAAUAUCAGAACAAAAGAGGAGGGCGUAUUGUGCUGCAAGACAUCAAGAAACCUGACCGAGAUGAGUGGGGAACAGGUCUUGAUGCCAUGCAGGUAGCACUUCAGUUGGAGAAGAGUGUUAACCAAUCCCUGCUUGACCUUCACAAAGUUGCAGACAGUCACUCAGAUGCGCAGAUGACUGAUUUCAUUGAGUCGAAUUAUCUUGAGGAGCAAGUCAAUGCCAUCAAGGAAAUCUCGGAUCACAUUACUCAACUGAAGCGUGUCGGUGCUGGUCUGGGAGAGUACAUGUAUGACAAACAACUCCAGAGCUAAAAUCUCCACACAAAGCCAGUCUCUACAAACAGAUGUGUUAUUUUAUGAUUUUUUUCUUCUGGACUAACAUGAUUUUUUUAAUAUGGAAAUUUGAAUAUUUUUCUUUGUAUUAUUUAAAUUUUAUUAGGAGUUUUUGAUAUUUGACUGGCUCAUACUUUGAAAAAAAAAAUUCAUUAAAAAAAGCAAAAUUCUUA